UUACGAGAGCAGGUGUUAUCUGCUAAAGAUUUUUCUGCAGUGCAGUGGGAGCUAAAAUGGCUGUAUCAAUGUCGCUGGAUUAUCUCUCAGAAGGUGCAGUAGGCGGGUCCGCAGCGCCGCUACCGUUAGGCGGCCGCGGCGGCCGUAAUAAAUACGCCGUCGAGCGCCGUUUCAGUGACACCGCAGCGUUCUCGGGACGUUCGUUUACGUUGGACGAGGACGGGCUGGUGCGCUUUCUCUGCUCCUCGCGACUCGAAGUGCGGAAAGAAUCGUCGGGCAUGGAUGACCGAGACAAGAGGAUCUACAACAGCCUCGGAGACUCCUCCGGGCCCAAGGGAAAGAUGACCUCCUCAGAGCUACAACUCGACAGAGGAUGUCAGAAGAGGGGCAUCAUGUUCAAAUCAGGUCCAAAUCCAUCAUGGUAUGCACGUUGGAAGAAACGAGUAUUCAUCUUGAAAGGUAAUGUGGAACUUCCAGAUAUCAGUUUAUGUGACUCACAAAGGGCCAAAAAUGUUAAUUGUUAAUUGCUACCCACACCUAAUACUUUUAAAAUUGACAAUCAAUUGUGGUUGUUUUGGACCGACUUAACCUCAUUGUUUUUGCAUUCUGCAGGCAAUUUCCUGUACUACCUGCCAGCAGACAAAGUAAGCAACAGGCUUAUCAAUUCCCACAUUACACACAAAAAGC